CGAUAGUGCCCUUGAUGGUUUGACACCUCUAGUAAACUACCAUGGCUCGUAGUAAAGUUUGGAAAUAUUAUGAUAAAAUUUCAAACAAUACGGCGCAAUGCCAGCUCUGCGAAAAGAUCAUCAAAACUUCCGGCAACACGUCCAACUUGAUGAAGCACAUGAAGACCCAUCCGCAGAUAGAUCUCAAUAAUAAUGAAUCUGUGGUGAUGCGUGGCAUGUUCAAGCGGGAGUCUCAUGUGGUAAAGAGGAAAAUCAAAAAGUCGCCGCCUUACGAGGGCCUCCUGUCCUUGUUCCAGGGGAAAUAUCACAGCGGCAGUGGGCUGGUAAUAAAAACUAAAGCGGAGCCAGAUAAUUUCAUAGAGCUGGAUGAUGCCUCUUGUCAGCCAGUUGAACAGGCUGCCGGGGAGAGCGUUAUCUUCUGGACGACUGGUGAAACGGAGUCCGCUGCAGAGACAGUCAGCGCCGAGGACAUCAUAGAAUUUGAGCCCAAGGUGGCAAAUGAUGCCAGCGCCGAAGCCAGUACUGCUCUAUUUGAAAUUCCGGAUCUACCGCUGGACGACGUAGAGGAAGUUAUCACCAACUUCCACAGCAACCUGGACGCAAGAGUAGCAGGCCAGCGGUCGUUUCUUCAAAACAUGGCCUUCUUUGUCUGCCGUGACAGGCAUCCUCUGCAUAUCAUUCAGGCCGAGGGAUUCAAGCAUUUGAUAAGUGAGUUGUGCCCUGGCUCUAAACCUCCCAGCGUGGAUGAGCUGGGCACUUAUAUUUACAACCAGCGGCAGCUGCAAGCAUCGAAACUGCGCCAACAAUUAGCAGGACUAUCCACGCUCUCCCUAAGUUGUGCCGUUCACACGAAACCAGAGGAGCGAAGUUACCUGGUGCUGGCGGUUCAUUUCUUCGAGGGACUGGAAAAGGUUUCCAGAACGUUGUCGGUACAAAGCUUGCCCGAGCAUUUCAGUGCCAGCCAGAUUGAGGAGCGGAUGGAGCGGGUGUGUCGCCGUUUUGACAUAAGCAAAACAAAGAUCACCUGCGUGGUCACAAGAGGCUGUCGUCGGCUCGAGGAUGCUGUGGCGUCCCUUUUGGGGGAUCAUCGUCACAUGCCCUGCUUUGGAGACCUGCUCAAUACUAUACUAGAGAAAACUAUGCUCCGCAAAGAGAUUAUUCACUUCUGCGAGAAGGUUCGCCCCUAUGUUGCGCACUACCUCGACAGUGGGGCUCUUCUCUGGCAAAGGAAACUGCAACUGGAUGUGAAGCAAUGCCCCCUGAGCACGUUUGACAUGCUCGAGAGAUACAUAAAGUACGCCCCGCACCUGCUCAAAUACGUGCCACUCGAGAUUAGCCCGCCCCUGUCCGAAGAAGAGCUGGAACAGUGUCGUGAGCUGCUGGGAGUCCUGAAGCCGCUGGCCAGCUCGAUGAGAGAGCUCAGUCGAGCAGGAGAAACGUCAUUUCCCGAUGCUAGCAAGGCCUUGCCCAUAGCAUACACCCUCAUCAACGAACUGAAGAAGCACCGGAGCUCGGAAAAUCAGUUGACUUAUGAUCUGCGCAUGGUUCUGCUCCAUCAGCUCGAGGAGUGCUUUGAUAGCAUGGAGAAUAAUAUUCAGCUGGCUAUGGCCACUCUGCUGGAUCCGCGCUUUCGCACCAUGCCUUUUUGCAGUGAACUGGCGUCCCAUUACAAGAAAGAUCUUUGCGAGAUUUUUCAGACACACGCAAAGCCUCGAGUGGCAGCCACUGCUCAAGAGGAUACGGACGAAAACUAUGACAUCUGGGCGGCGUACAAGACUUUAUCGCAUGAGAAGGAGAAGCACCGGCAGAGCACAGAGCCCAAUGACCAGGACGAUGAGAUCAGCAGCUAUUUUGAUGGAAGAAUCAGUAGCCUGCAGGAGGAGCCGAUGAAACUGUGGGAAAAUCUAAUGUAUUUGCACCCCUUUCUGCAUGGUCUGGCCAAGAAGUACCUGCACAUUCCGGCCACCGCUGUCCCGCCGGGACUGUUCACGGCCGCGGGAGAACAGUACGCGAAACUGACUGGCGCUUACAUGGAAAACACGCUCUUUAUGGCAGAUGUUCCUUUUAACGAGUGGCAAUAG